AUGUCCAACAACAACAACGAUACGAACGACGAAGUGGCGCGGGCGACCGCAGCCGCAGCGAAAGACCCCGCCACGGAAACCAUCUUUGACAAGCUCUUGUCGGGAGCCUGGCCAUCCGACGUGGUGUACGAAGACGACUGGGCCUUUUGUUUCCGGGACGUGAAUCCGCAAGCCCCGGUGCACAUUCUAUGCAUUCCCAAAGUCCGGGACGGCUUGACGCAACUCGUCCACGCUCGAGAGGACCAGAAGGACCUGCUGGGGCAUUUGUUGUACGUGGCCAAGGAAGUGGCCCGUAAGGAAUGUCCGGAAGGCUACCGGAUUGUGAUCAACGACGGGAAAGAUGGAGCCCAGUCGGUGUACCAUUUGCAUCUGCACAUUCUGGGCGGACGACAACUGCAGUGGCCGCCUGGGUAG